CAAGACAGCAGGCACCGAGUCAUCUGGCAAGACAGCGGGCUCCGAGUCAUCUGGCAAGACUGCGGGCACCGAGCCAUCUGGCAAAACAGCGGGCACCGAGUCAUUUGGCAAAACAGUGAGCAUCGGGUCUUUAAGCUCGACAGCAGGCACCGAGUCAUCUGGCAAGACUGCGGGCGCCGAGUCAUCUGGCAAGACUGCGGGCGCCGAGUCAUCUGGCAAGACUGCGGGCGCCGAGUCAUAUGGCAAGACAGCGGGCACCAAGUCAUCUGGCAAGACAGCGGGCACCAAGUCAUCUGGCAA